AUGCAGUCCAUUUCGUCCAGCCUUCUGCUGGCCCUCACGGCGCUGCCUCUGGGCCAGCUCGUCGCCGCAGAGAGAGUCCUGGGCGCCUAUAUGUUUGUGCGCCAUGGAGAUCGGACCUCCAAGUCAACGCCGCCCACCGUCCUGACAGACCUGGGCUACCGCGAGGUGUACAUGGCCGGUAGCUACUACCAUGAUCGUUACAUCUCCGCCAAUUCGUCCCUCCAGAUCCAGGGCAUCAACGAUGAGCUUGUCUCCACGACCCAGGUCAUCGCCUCCGCCCCGGACGACGACGUGCUGAUGAACUCGGCCACCGGCUUCCUUCAGGGUCUCUACCCCCCCGUGGGCUCGACUGCGACGCAGACUCUCCGCAAUGGCACCACCGUGGAGGCCCCGUUGAAUGGCUAUCAGCUGAUCCCCGUCGCGGAGGUCUCAACCGGUUCCAACAGCGAGAACUCGGCCUGGUUGCAGGCCUCGAGCGACUGCCAGAAGGCCGAGGUCAGCAGCAACAACUACUUCAGCUCUCCGCAGUACAACAGUCUGUUGGAGUCCACCAAGAGCUUCUACCAGGGCCUGUCUCCCAUGCUGAACCGCACGUUCACCGAGGAUGAGAUGACCUACAAGAAUGCCUACACCAUCUUCGACUAUCUCAACGUUGCCUCGAUCCACAACUCGAGCAGCGAUUUCCCCUCGGCCGACCUGCUGACUCCCCAGGUCUUCCAGCAGCUCCAGGUCCUGGCCAACAUCCACGAGUACAAUCUGGCCUACAAUGCCUCAGACCCCGUUCGCGCCAUCCUUGGUGCUGUUCUGGCCGGUCAGGUCGUCCAGGCAUUGAACGAGACCAUCACCUCCGGCGGCAAAUCAAAGCUGAACAUCCAGUUUGGCGCCUAUGGCACUUUCCAGUCCUACUUCGGUCUCGCCCAGCUGCCUGCUGCGUCCGUCAACUUCACGGGUAUCCCCGAUUACGCCUCCUCGAUGUCGUGGGAGCUGGUCACCAACUCGACUGAAACCAUGCCCCCUGCGUCCGAUAUCAAGGUGCGAUUCCUGUUCCACAACAGCACCAUCACCGCUGGAUCCGAGCCCACAGUGUACCCGCUCUUUGGCCAGGACAACACUCUCCUGUCCUGGUCCGACUUUGUCGACGGCACGAACAAGUUCGCUGUUUCCUCUCAGGAGCAGUGGUGCCAGGCUUGUGGCAACACUGACAGCACCUGCGCGUCCACCAGCUCCGGCAACUCCUCCUCCACUUCCAGCACUUCCGGCUCCCAUCACGGCAUGUCUCUUGCCGUUGCCGGUGUCAUCGGAGCCAUGGUCACUCUGGGUGUCAUCCUCGGUCUCGAGGCGCUGUUCUUCCUGCUGGGUGGAUUCAGACUCGCCAAGAGGAGAGCUGCCGGCCCAGCUAUUGCCAGCACCGUCGUGGAAGACAAGAGGACCUCCGUUUAA